AUGUCAAUUUCGAAAAUAUUUUCAGGAGAUUUACCUGAAUUAUUGUAUAAAAUCAUCAAUUAUUUUCAAGGUGAUUAUUCAACCUUACACUCAUGUGUUUUAGUUAAUAGAUUAUGGUGUCGUUUAACAAUCCCAUUAUUAUGGGAAGAUCCAUUUUCAAUUCCUACCGGAAAUUUUAAUUUCAUUGAAGUUUAUUUGUAUUAUUUGAAUGAUCAUCUAAAAACAAAAUUAAAUGAACAUGAAAUUAUUAAUAAUGUACUAUUACCUUCGAAUACACUUUUCAAUUAUCCUAGUUUUAUAAGAUAUUUAAAUAUAAACAAAAUUGUCCCUUCUAUUGAGAGUUGGCUAGGAGCUAAUGAUAAAAUAAAAUUGACUAAUGCAUAUUAUGAACAAAUUUCGGAUACAGAAACUGAAUUUAAAUGUUGGAUUAAUAUAUUAAUAUUUAAAAUGUUCAUUAAACAUGAAGUAAAGCUACAUACUCUUGAAAUCGAGAUCUCUAGAGCUAUAUACAACAAACAUGCUGAGAACAUUCUUGAGAUAAUUUUACAAAAUCCAAAUUUCAUUCACAAUGUUAGAAAUUUAAAACUUUCUAUUUUAAGUUCUAUUAAUAAUACGCUAAUUAAAAACCGUAUAUCACAAUUAAUUAAUUUACAAAAAAAUCUCAAAAAAGUAUCCUUCAGUUCUAAUACCCUUCCUUUAUAUCAAUCGUUAUUAUUAUCAAGAGAAUCUAAUUGUUCAAAUACCUUAAAUACAAUCAUUUUCUAUUAUGUCAAUUUUAAAGGCAUAAAUAAUCUAGAUAAAGUAUUUGAACAAUUAAAUGUUUUAGAAUCUGUUCAUUUAAUUCAUUGUUCUUUUUUAAAUACUGGAUUUAUUCAACAAAUUAUUAAUUUGACUAAACCAUUUAAAUUAAAAACUUUAUUUGUAAGUAAGAUAUCACAAAUUGAAUCAUUGCAAUCAUUAUUACAAAAAUCUGGUAAUUAUUUAGAAAAUUUCGGGUGUGGAUUAGAAGGUACUAAUUAUAAUCAAAGACAACAAUUAUUAGAAUUAAUAAUAAAAUGUUGUAAAAAUAUCAAAUUUCUUGAUUUAGAUAAUGUUAUUACUCCUUUAAUGAUCAGUUUAAUUGAAAAUGUUAAACAAAAUCUUAAUCGUCUUUCAAUCAGUGUAGGGAAUAAUCAAGAUAGUAAUAGCAAGUUAGUAUUACAAAACUUAGGACAAAUACUUCCCUCUAGACUAGAUUAUUUAUGUAUGAGUCUUUAUGACAUCAAAGAAAGUGAUUUUGAAGUAUUCAUAAAAAAUUCUCAAGAUACUUACUUUAAGAAAUUGUUAAUUGAAAUUAUAGAACGAGAUGAUAUUAGUGAUGGUACUGAUAUUUUGCCUUAUAUAAAAGAAUAUAUUAUGAAGAAGAAGAGAGUCAAUUAUUUGGCUAUUAAGUAUACUUACCCUUCUAGUUGGUUUGAUGAAAUGGAUUUGUCUGAUUCAGGUAGAGCGGAGGAAUUUAAGUUAUAUAAUAUUAAAGUUCUAAGUUAUAUUAGUUUAUUUAUUGACAUCAAUAGGUUUGUAAAUGAAUUGAUUAAUUAA